GCCGCUUCCUGUAGCGGGGCGAGCGGUGCCGGCCCGGGGCGGCGGCGAUGGGUGGUGGCAGGUCAGGCCUCCGUCCGGGGUGGGGCCCCGCUUGCCUCUGGGUGACGCUUGCGUUGGCCUGGGGCGCGGGGGCCGCGCUCGCCGCAGAGGGGCCGGGGGCGGCGGCGGAGGAGGAGGCGGCGGCGGCUGUAGCGGCUGUGCCGUGCGGGGCGGAGGGGUGGGCGCAGGAUGCUGUCCCGCCGGGCGCGGCCUUCGUGGCCGCCGCGUCCUACCGCGGCCCCGGCAACAACGACACGCGGAGCAACAAGGUGCUGCCCAUCCUGCUGUGGUGGAGCGGGAGCCUCUUCCCACACUUCCCCGGCGACACGGAGCGCAUCGACUGCCCGCGAGGCUCCUGCCUCGUCACCCGCAGCCGGCGGGUGGCCCGACACCGCCGCACCAAGGCCCUCAUCUUCUACGGCACCGACUUCAGGGCCUACGAGGCGCCGCUGCCCCGCCUGCCCCACCAGACCUGGGCGCUCUUCCACGAGGAGUCCCCCAUGAACAACUACGUCCUCUCGCACUCGCCGGGUAUCCAGCUCUUCAACUACACAGCCACGUUCCGCCGGGAGUCGGACUAUCCCCUGACGCUGCAGUGGCUGCCCGGCGUGGGGUACCUGCGGGGCCCGGCGGUGCCCCUGGCCGAGAAGGACGCGUGGCGGCAGAAGGGCUAUGCCCCGGUGCUGUACAUGCAGUCCCACUGCGAUGUCCCCUCGGACCGGGACCGCUACGUGCGGGAGCUCAUGAAGUACAUCCAGGUUGACUCCUAUGGGAAAUGCCUGCAUAAUCGUGAGCUCCCCAGUGAACGACUGAGAGACACUUCUACAGCAACCACAGAAGAUUCUGAGUUUAUGACUUUUAUCGCCAGGUACAAGUUCCAUCUGGCCUUGGAGAAUGCCAUAUGUGAUGACUACAUGACAGAGAAGCUGUGGCGUCCAAUGCACCUGGGGGCUGUCCCAGUCUACCGAGGCUCCCCAGCUGUGCGGGACUGGAUGCCAAACAACCUCUCCAUUAUUCUGAUAGAUGACUUUGACAGCCCCCAAGAGCUGGCAAAGUAUCUUGACUUCCUGGACAAGAAUGGAGAGGAAUAUUUGAAGUAUCUAGAGUAUAAAAACCAUGGUGGAAUCAAAAACCAGUUCUUGCUAGAGAGCUUGGAGAGGCGGGAAUGGGGGGUGAAUGACAUGACUCUGCCCAAUUACCUGAAUGGCUUUGAGUGUUUCAUCUGUGACAGGGAGAACACCCGGGUCAAAGAGGAGCAGGAACACAGAAAGUCUCAUGGGAAAAUUCCAGCUCCCAGACCUCGCAUAGCUCAGUUCAAGCACAUGGGCUGUCCUAUGCCCACCCCUGGGUUUGGAAACGUUGAAGACCUCUCUGGAGGAGACAGUUGGAAAGAGAUGUGGCUGCAGGAUUAUUGGCAAAGCCUUGAUCAGGGUGAGGCCCUCACUGCUAUGAUUCAUCGCAAUGAGACGCAUCAGGGAAGAUUUUGGGACUAUAUGCAUGAGAUUUUUCUCAAGAGGACAAGGCAGCACUGACCCAUCUUUGUAAGAGAUUGAUUUGAAAAUUGCAGUGGAAGUUGAGGUUGUAAAUUCUUACCUCACUCCAAAUGUUUGCCUUGAAAUAGAAGAAAAACUCUCACAGAGACUGUUUUUUUCUGGUUCAUGAAGUAAGUUUCUGUUAUGAUUGGAUUUCAGCAGUGGAGAUCUUAGCAACAACUUUGAUUUGAAUUUCAGCUCUGUGGCAUGAAGCCACUCCUGAAUUGCAGGUGUCAACGUGUGGGGCAAAAGAGGAAUUUACUCUCCUUUUGUAUUUGUAUCGUCCUUGUGGCUUACAUGACCCCGGAGGAGCACCUCUUCAAACUCUUGCUAAAAUGUCCAAAGUUAUUUCAGGGAUUUUUUUUAAUGUCCAAAAUAUUAAGCAUUUUUUAUAAGUAUUUUAUCAGUCACUUUUUCUCUUCAUGAAGGUGUACUUCUAGCUGCUAUUAACAAAUAGUUUUUUCAGUGAAGGACUUGCGAAAGACAAAUGUCUGUGGAGAGCAAUUGUGCCUUACGAAAUUGCAGCAAUAAAGUCUCUUCUUUCCAAGUAAAUGUGCCUCAAAUACUCCUGCUUUUUAGGGUAACUGUAUACCUAUGGGCAGGUCACUUUACUCUCUGCCUGAUUUUUGUCUUAAAAACUUACCAGGUGACACAUACAAUGGGGUGAGAGAUUACAUUAUUUAAUUUACAACGUUUAACAAUGUAUUUCACACGAGGACAUGUAUUACCUGGUAUUGUGACUUCUUAUUUAUUAUCUCCUUAAUGCUAGCCUUUGAUCUGUCCUUUCUGAGUAUCUGCAGCUUUGUGCAAGGACAAAUACAUUUCAACAAUGGUGCCUUUCCAGUGGUCUCUGCAGUUUGGAUGCAAACUUUGCGGUCCUUCUGUGCUGAAACAGAUGACCAGAAUCAGGUGCACUGAGAUGUUUUUCUGUCUUUACCAAAUCUUAACACAGUAUGAUCCUGGUCUCUUGACUAGCGUUCCUUAGUCUAAGUGAUGAUAUGUGAAUACAUCUUCCUUGUUGUGUAGCCUGUAUCUCUUAGAGAUGUAAGCCUGCUGUCCCCUGCCAUGUUGGGUACCCUUCUGACACAAUUGAUUUUUGCAUUGGAGACCAAUUCACAGUGUCAUGGGUUUAAAAAGCACAGGCAAAUAGGGCCACACUGCAGUCAUGUCUGUAAUGGUGUAAUUGUAUUUUGUUUCUCCAUUUCUCCUCCCUCUUCAGAAGUAACUACUGAUUAAAUAGUCACAGUUUAUCCAUGCCUAAGACAGAAUGUUGGUACGGCAAACCUAGAGCCUGUGGGGUAGUUUCAUUUUGUAGGGCAGCUCACACAUGGCUAUGGGAAGUCUGAAGCUUGUUAGUGAAAAUUAGGAACGGGACCAAAUCUACAUUCUGUCCCUGAUUAAGUCACUAUUGCUUAGCUGUGGAUAGAUCACUUAAUCUCUUUUUUUUUUUUUCAUCCCUCAAAUUCCCAGUGAUAAUGUUGUAGAUACAAUAUUUUAGGUGUUACACCCAUAUAGGUAAUAAUAUGCAUCUCAGUGUUUGUCUUUCAGGUAAUAACAGUACUGUCAUGUUAGAGCAUCUUGACAGAGGAGACUUCAGACCCAUAGCUGUCACUGUAUUAUUGUAAAUGUAGAAAAUGCAUAUGCUAUACAAUCUCAUCCAGUGUUUCAUUAGGAGAAAAAUGUUUUUUUAAUCUCCCUUCUGUAAUAAUAGUAACAAAUUGUUCUUCAGCUAAAAUGCAUUCAUCAGUUUAAAUUCCUUUUUUCUUUAUUCCAUUUACCCAGGAGACAUGAAUACUGAAGGGAAUGUAUCUGAAUCAAUUGUUAAAGUGGAUUACUCAAAUCUGGUUAAGAUUUCAGGUAUGUGUAUUCAGGAUGGAAGUGGCCACAAUGUGCUUGAGAAGUAAAUUAAGAUAAAACAAAUUAAGGCUACUUUAGUAGUGAAUGUCCACUUCUACUGAGCAGUUUAAUUAUAUUUAAAUAAAUGGCUUGAAUUAAUGCCUCCAGUUACUUCAGAUUCUCUUUAUUCAUUUUAUGAUCUUAGUUGUGUUUUAGUUGUCUUUCUGCUAAUCCAAGUGAAUAUGUGAAUGCAGACAAGGAGAAAGGUCACUGCAGCAACUAGUAAUAUUUUGGAAAAAGGCUAAAGAUUUCUGAUCUGGACUGCUAAUUUGAUUUCUCACUUCACUGCUUGAAAUCCAAACCAGCUAGGUGGUGGCUGAAUGUUGUCACUUAUGUCAUGACUACCUUCCAGAUUACAUGAUACUCGGAAUGAACAGUGUAUACAAUAUCCUCCUUAAUUAAAUUCUUACAGUGCAGGUGCCCAUACUCAUAAAAACACACAACUGCGACUAAUCCUGAAUUUUAGCAAAGAUGCCAAAUACUGCGGAUGAUAACAAGAUCAUCUCUAUAAACCUUCUAGGUAGGCUUCUACUAACUGGGGUGAGUCACUUCGCUGCUUGUCUUUCAUUUUGCCUGUUUACUGUAUGAGGGAGGCUUUCAAAGCUGUCAGGAUAGCUUUAUUCACUGGCAUUAAUGUUCUAAAAAUAGGUAUCUCCUUACUACUGCUCAUAUGAAGCACUAGUAGAUUCUACUGAUACUGUGUCUCAGAAUUGUCUUGACCACCUAAGUUUAUGCCUUCCGAGAUGUGAGAGAGGAGAAACAAAUGGCUGACAAAAGGUUAAAAAUCUAGCAAUCCAGUUCAUUACAUUGGACAAGCUGAAGUUCUCAUUCUCCUGAUGAAACUGUGAUACCAGGUGCUGCCUAAUUUUCAGUAAGAAGCUGGGUAUUUUAUAUACUGAAUUAAUUCUUUGUGUUUUCUGCCCUUUAGCAAGGACUGCAAUUUUUAGGAAGCGCGUAACCUCACUGAAGAAUAUUGAUUUGAUACCUAACAUUGAUAAUUUCUAGAACUGAAAAAUAAUUGCCUUUCCUUAUUUCUGUCACUGUAGUAAUUUUCAGACUGAAGGAUCUCUGGGUACUCUAUGAUGGUAAGUAGAAUGAAAGCCAACCAACAGUGGAUGUGUGUGUGUUUAGAGGGAAAAGGAGAAUGAGCUUCUUUCCCUGGAAAUGGCCUGAAAAGUGCAGCAGCUGGAAAAUCACAGCAGAAAUGCCCAUCUUGCACCUUGGCAAAGGGUAGUUUUAACUGGUGUGGAAGAACAAGUAACUCCUAAAGGACUGGGAACAGGAUAAAUUGAAUUGAAGCACAGCCAACCAGGGACAUCGCUGUUUAGACAGGCUUUGCCAUGCUAGACAAGCAGCCAUCUGCCUCCCUUACCAUCCUUUCAUAUGUACUCUUCAGCCAUUGUCCCAAGAGAGCACUCCCUUAAUGAUUCAUUGUCAUCAAUUUAGUUGGAUUUAAUUAAGAUUGUUGAUGGCUCUCCAGGUGCUUUCUGAGAAGUUGUAUUAAUGGGAAAUAUACAGGGUGGCAGGUUCCUUCAUUCUGCCCGGAGACCUCUACUGACAGGCUAAAAUUAAUCAGAGACAAAAUCCUUUUAGUGAUAUGACCAGCUGAGCCAAAGCCUAUGUCAGGCUUUAACAAUCUCAUGAUUCAGUAUCUUGGAGCUGGCACUGAGAGAUAUAUGACCCUGCAGGGGGACUAGGGAGGGUGGAGAAGAAUGGAGCUGCAGGAUUUGUUCCAGAGCUCUGACAUGACUGGCAUCUUAAUUUGUAUGCUGUUACGUACAUUCUUUCUUGCAGAAAAGCCCCAUCUAAUGCUGAAGUGUCUCAGCUAGAGAUGAUUCUGGGGAUUUGGGAAUGGAUCAGAGCAGAUCGUGAUACUUUGUGGCAUCUCUGAGCAAAUAAGGAGGCUCCAGGUAAUUUGCAGUGGAACUGGGCUGGAUUUGAGUAGAUCUGGGAGUUAGGGAUUAGGGAUGGCAGCUCAGAGCUAGUCAGGUGGACAGAAUAAUGCAGGGUGGCUGAUCUGAUUGAGAUAGCUGAGGAUAAGGUAAGCUAGUGUUGGGGCUUGGGGCUGACAUCAGAAGAGCAAUUGCAGCUGUCACUGUGCUAUGAAUAUAAAUGAAUGCGUUUGUGCUAAUAAGUGCAUGAAGUGCUAAUACUGUUCAAACACAAUUGCUCAGCAGACAGGAGUAAGUCUGAAACCUCUUAAAGAGGUAUUUCAAGCAACAGUCUCAUUUUAAUUGUGUAUUUUAUUACAGCAUUGUUAGCAUUGUAUUUAAUUGUGUCGUAACAUCAUAAUUGGCCCUUAUACCAGUUGUAAUACAGGUUCUUUUCAAACCUAAUACUAAUAGUUUAUCUCUGUGGUUCAUUUUGGUUUUGACUAGCUGAAACACAGGCUACAAUUCAGCUUUAAGUAUGCUGAUGCAAGUAAAGAAGUUCUAAAUACAGUUAGAAUUUUACAUGGUUUUUGUAGUUGUGCAUUCAAGAUUCCCAAUGAAACAUCUGUGGGGUUCACUGCUCUGUGUGUUGAGGGACCUGGGUUCCCGACUGUACCUGUAAAGUCAGCACUUCUGUCUCAUCCAUUAGUGUCUCUGUGCUAUCAGCUAUAUAAAAUGCAGGUUAAUGGAGAGACCCGGAUAUACAGUAAUACACCUCUUCUGUAGUUCCACGUUCUGCAUGGUGUGUGCAGACACCAUUACAUACCUUAUUCUGUCUGCUUGGGAAUAUUUUAGGCUGGUGCUCCAAUCCCAGGCUCAAUGCCAAA